UUCCAGCCUCCCCUACGCCGGACUGAUCGCCCCAAACCGUCUGUUCUUCGCCCCACCUUAGCAUACCAUUUGCGUCUAGUCCUGGGGGCCCGAGCUGGCUCAAUUUGGUCGAGCAUCGCUUCACGAUUAUGCAACAACCUCUCGCCUACACGUUCAUACAGUCGAGAAGACGACCGUGGUAUGAUGAGCAUUUCAAUUUUAGCCGAGCAUCCUCAAAGUGCCGGUCGAGCUGAAAGGAGGCGGCAUACGGUGUGGACACAUGUAGGCGAAAUGCGAUAA